UAUAUGGGCUUGUUGUUUCUUCACAUAUUGUGCAGCCACAGGCGACUGGUGUUACGACCACGCUGCAUUCCUGAUCUGACUCUGCUAUCACCUUUCUUCAGCUGUUCUCCACCGGACUGAAACUGGAACACAUUUCACCGGAUCCAAAUAUCAGUUCUUCCUAAACAGCACAGCUUCCUAUUACCAUGGAUAAACAAUCCACGGUGGUGUUUCGAAAUGUGGGCCAGCUGUACUUCCCCCAAACCAGAGUGGAGUGCCACUACAGUCUUACCUCUGACCACCGGUGGAGCAGCAGUGACUGGAUCGGUAUUUUAGAGGGCUGUUCCUCAGUGAAACAGUACUACACUUAUACAUGGGCGGUUGUUCCUGAAGGCUACACUGAGGGUACCAGUAUCAACUGCUAUGUCCUUUUCCAGGCAUCCUACCUGCCCCGCCCCAGUGCUGUGCAGUAUCAGUUUAUAUAUGUGGAUUCGAUGGGAGAGGUGUGUGCCCGGAGUCGCUCCUUCAAUUUCCGUGCUCCUAAGCCGUUGGAGGAACUGGAGACUGUGAAGGAGGAACAAGAUGAGGAGGAUGGAGAGGAAGAGCUGCUCAUAGUCAUCCCCAGGGCUCAGCUGCUGCAGAAUCAGCUGGAUGAGUGCUUUAAAAAACAAGCCAAUACACAUCAGGCUCUGGAUGCGGCAAAAGAGGAGACAGAGAAGGAGAAAAGGAACAGCAACACAGCCAUGGUGGAGUGGGAGCGGGAAAGAGAAGCAAUGAAGGAGGAGCUCUCAGAGCUUAGAGACAACUUAAGACUCAACUGUGAGAUGUUAAAGAAGAUGGAGGGAAAACACAAGUUUCAGGCAGAUCAUGCCUCCAGAUGUCUUGGGAAUGGGGAAUAUAAUCAGAAAAAUCUGACAUAUGAACUGAGUAAUCUCUUGGCUGAAAAAGAUGAGAGCCAGCAGCGAAUUAAAGACCUGGAGGAGGACAUCAAGAUCCUAAACCACAGGAAGAAAGAGGAAAACGGCGACCUGGAAAGGCUGAAGGAGAGAGUGAAGAAAAUGUCCAGUCAAAUGAAACAUGAUGAGGAAAAAAGAAAGUGUCUGCAGGUGGAGAACCAGGCUGCCCUGGUGGAGGUACGGCGGCUGCAGGAGCGUCUGGAGACGAGUGAGCAUGCCGCCGAAGGCCUGCGGAGGGAGCUGAGGAAGCUGGGCACCCGUCAAGGCCAGACCCACACUGAGUUGAAUCAAGCCCGGCUGCAAGUGGCCCAGCUAACCCUGUUGCUGUCUGAGGAGAACCUGGUGCUCAGGGAGGAGCGUGCCAGCUGGGCUCUGGAGAGGGAGGCCUACAAACACGCAGCAGAAACAGAGUCAAAUAGAUUCCAAGAGGUGAGCUGUGAGGUGCAGAGGAAGGAAGAGUGGUUCCGGGAGGAGAGGAUGGAGAGGGAGAAACUAGAAGUAACGCUUGAGCAAGAGCGAGAUUGCAAUCGAGUGCUGCUAGGUGACACGAAGAAAGAGCUCCAGGAUCUGAAGGCCAGUGUGAGGACAGCCCAGAGAGGAGAGCAGCUGCAGGUGGACACACAGAAUGUGACGAGACAGCGCGGUGAGCCCCCGGCUGCUGAAGGGAAGCUGAGUGCUGAUGCUACCGCAACCCGUCGACCCCGUCCUGAGGUGACAGUUCUGGCUUUCUACCAGCCACACAGUACACACCCUGUUUCCCUCCUCCAUGACCAGAAUCACCUCUGCUAAAAUAUUAUGGCAUGACUUCAUUCAGUCUCCUCCCUGGCAGACGCGUUGCUGUUUUAGAAAAGCUGCGGUUCCAUUUACCGAGCACUUUCUUUUCUUCUGGGAAGAGUCAUGGGGAGCACUAGAGGGUAAAAAUAAAGAUGAAAAUAAUAUGGUAAUAACAACAUCACAAGAGUAAAAAUAGCAGCAAUGCUCAUGUUACUCAAGCAGUAGAUCAGCAGGAGUGUGUUGUCUUUAAAAAAACAUUGUUUAUCCUCAGCACCUUCAGUAAAACGUUUAAUCCUCUUUCUCUUUGCAGUGAACUGGUCGACUCCCCCAUGUGGUAAAACAGAAAGAACUAGAACGGGCACUCGGUAGAGCGCAUACCUUCGCAUAUCACAAGAUUGGGCAUUGAAUUAUGAACAUUUUGGCAUUAGUUGCCAAUUGGAUAGAAAUUGACCGCGCUAUGGUAAAAAGAAGAUUUUGACCUUUUCAUGACCUUGACCUUUGACCCGAUCGAUCCCAAAAUCUAAUCAAAUGGUCCCCGGAUAAUAACCAAUCAUCCCACCAAAUUUCAUGCGAUUCGGUUUAAUACUUUUUGACUUAUGUGAAUAACACACAUACACGGCGAUCAAAACAUAACCUUCCGCAUUUUCAAUGCGAAGGUAAAGAUGGACGUCUUGUUUACCACUACAAUGCAAGCUCAUGCGGCUCAUAAUGAAACCUUUUAUGUUAUUCUAUUGUUGUUUUGUAGCUGCUCAUGUAGAGCAUUGCCUUCACAAAGGUCUUAUUUAUAGUGCAGAGCUUUUUGACUUUUUGAUACAAAAUGAAGUGUCUGAGAAUUUUGCUUAAUAAUCAGAUGUUCAUAUGCAGAUACCAAUGGUCUAAAAAUAUAUUUCAGUUUAUUUUAGACAAUCUUUAAUAAUAAAUAUUAAAAAUACAUAUUUUAGCUGAUUUAAAUGUAGAUCUGUUAUAGUUGUUUUGAGAAAAGCUUGGAUUUAAC